ACCAGCUGUUUAUCCCUGUCAGUAAGGACAAACAGAGGGCGGCGGAGUUGAAGUUCUGCGGGUUCAAAUGAAUCAGGAAGGGGCAAAUGCUGUCGAACUCCAAUGAGAAUUUCCUCAUGGAGUGCAUAUUGUGUGGACAGGGAUUUCAGGGCAGUCAAACGAAGGCGGCUACGCACUUCACGAUCAAGAACAAUUGCCCCAAAGUCUCUGUGGAGCAGCCGACGGAGAUUUGGAACAAGAUGAACUACAUGUUCGAUCAGAGCCAUUGCCGCAAGAUUCUCGACUUCCUGAAAUCUCGGGGGUAUCGAGAUAACAGAUCUACUUCAGGGAGGGAGCAGGCGGGGGAGGAGGACGACGAGGAUAGCAAGGACGAGAGGAGGGCGACCAAGGGUCGAAAGGAUGAUGGUAACAGCGACACGCAACACAAGGACAUUACGGCAACGGGAGCGACUAUCCUUACUGAUGGUUGCAAGUCCAUCACGAGUGACCAGAUAGUGAACUUCCUCGCUGUUGGACCCACUGGAGCAUACCUCUUCAGGACUGUGCAGAAGGACGGUGCUGUUCAGGAAACAACGGAGGCCGUGGUGGAGCGAUGGAAGGACGUGUUCGACAAGUUCGGUGUCGAAAAUGUCAACGCCAUUUGCACUGACUCCUCGUCAGCGUAUGUAGCUGCUUCCAAGCUCCUCGCGAAGGAGGAGGUCAAGUACAACCGCAUCACUUGGCUUCCUUGUGCGGUCCAUGUCUGCAACUUGUUGUUGUCUGACAUCGCCAAGGACGGCAACAACGGGAAGAUUGGAAAGAGGGAGGACACCAUCAUCAGGGCUCGAGCGGUCGUGCGUUUUAUUCAAGUUAGAGAGCACGGGGCGGCUCUCACCCUUAAUCGACGGUACUCUGCCGCCCACCCGUCUUCCGCCUCUGCAGCUGCAGCCAAUUCUAGCGCUGCACCAACCCAGGUUCAGCGGCGUGGCAGAGAGCUUGUGUACCCUGCGCAGACGAGGCCAGGUGGUGCGUCAUCAGGUGCGUUACGCACCAUUUUGGGAGCACGUGGAGGAUAUCGUGGAGCUGAUGACGCCUGUGAUGCAGUUGCUACGCCGUUUGGACAGAGGGGGGCGCGUGAUGACUCGCAUGUGGUCGUGGGCGCUUGCCAUGGUGGACACGGUGGCAAGAUCGAGGUUGAAGAGGACGUUGAAGGACGAGCUCCACAUCGGUACGUUCUGCCAUGGGAGAACGCUGAGGACAGUGAGGAGGAGACAGAGGACGCUACUCCUCCGCCUCGUGAAGAGGGUGUUCGGCCAGCCGACCGAGUCACAGAGGCGCAGCGCGAGCAGCCGGUGCAGCGUGGGCAAAGGGAUCGCCUAUCGAGGCCACCGCCCAGCGUGGAGAUGUAUUUUGGUCAUCUCGUGACGGUGCUCAUGCCGACAAAGUUGGAGUCCGUCUACGAUCCCGAGCCUGAUCCUACGGCUCAGGACCCGAUUGAGGCGGAGCCGUGGUCCGAUCCAGACGACCAGGGAGUGGAGUCAGAGCUCGAAGAUUCUGAUGACGGUCGCUACGACGCUCCUCUUGCCGAGAUGGUGUGUCCUCGGACGCGUGCUUCUACUGCAGCCCCUGCGCCGCCUCACCCUCCACCUCCACGUUCGAGUACUCGUGGCAUUCGACUAAGCGGCCCUGAGGACUGGGUUGGGGGCACGAUUCCGCACCCUUCCAUAGAUUGUCGUGGACAUGAUGAGCAGGGCAGUCGGGGAGAUGAGGAGAGAGACGACGACGACGACCGCGAGGAGAGGGGUUACGAGGGCAGCAGUGAGGACGAUGAGGAUCCCGCCUAUUCCCCGAGACACGGACGAGGUGACGACAACGACGAGGACGACGAUGGGACACAGCCUGCGGGUGGUUUGCGGAGGGGAGGCAGUGAGCCGGGUGCUGGGGGCGCAGGGCACACAGGUGGCGCAGGCCGAGCUGGCGGAGGACGGGCGAGGCGAGAGUCUGCAUCGUGCACUCGCACUGUACACAGGGAUAAUGAGUGUGCCUCGACAGGACCGACCACGAGGGCAGAUGUCGUUGCCUCCCCUGCAGAGUUUGCUGCAGCGUCUGCAGAGGUUGCUGCCGGGUCUGCAGAGGUUGCUGCAGUGGAUGCGGAGGUUGUUGCAGCGUCGGCAAAGGUUGCAGCCGGGUCUGCGGAGGUUGCUGCAGAUGGUGCGGAGGCUGUUGCAGCUUCGGCAGAGGUUGCAGCCGGGUCUAUAGAGAUCAGUGGAGCGGCUGCAGAGGUUGGGAGGGGAUCUGUACAGUUCGGUCCCGAUUUCAGCGACGACAUGUUUGAUGCUUCGUUGGGACUUCCUCCGACGCCCAUCAGUCAGAUACUUAGAGGUUUGCCUUCAUGCAGCAUGGGUGACAUCAGUAGCAUCAUGUUGCGGGAAGUAGCGGAGGACACACAGGGUUUGUCGGGGCAGCGUGAGCGUGUAGUAGGGGAUGACGGGGAGUGUCGACCUAUACAGGAGCGAGUGCUGGAGUCGGAGCAGGACAGGACCGACCGCAAGGAGAGGGAGAGGGCGCUAGAGUUGGCGAGGCGUUGCGAGAUGACACAGAGUAUUGCGGCGAGGGCACGUGCACAACGGGUGCUCAAGACGGGUGAUGGUGCGGGUCAUUGUGCGGCGGAGGAUGCAGAGGUUGAGUGUGGCGGUGCGGUCGGUGGGGAUGCAGGCGAGAGACCUGCCUCGCCCGUUCAUGGUGUUUGUGUAUUGCCAUUCGCUGGAGCUAUGUCGGCGAGGGAGUUAGAGCGGCAGGCACGAGAGGACCCAUUGCGGCAGAUCGACGCGGACGGAUGGAUGAGGCAUCGAGGAGGGUCAUGGCAGAUGGCCCAGCUUUGUGCUGUGCAGCCCGGAUCACAGCCGGCACUGCAGCAGGAGGGUGUGCAUCUGCCACCCCAGAUGCUGCCAACGAUAGGAGCAGCUGUGCCAGAAGGACCCAUGUCAGGAACUGCCACGUCAGCAGUUGCUACGUUAGCCGGUGCCACGUCAGCAGGUGCCACGUCCGCAACUGCUAAGUCAGCGGGUGCCACGUCAGGAACUGCCACGUCAGCAGAUGCCACGCCCACAACUACGACAUGGGAAGGUGGCACGUCAGCACCUCGCACGUCGGCAGGUGCCACGUCAGCAGUCGCCACGUCAGCAGUCGCCACGCCAGCAGUUCCCGAUGCAGCAGCCGCGCGUUUGCGCCCCCCACAUUGCCACUUGGUGCGCAUACCGUCGGGUGACAUAGCGGACGGGGCGGAGGGGCCAUUCGAGGAGGACAUGGCCUGCCUGAGGGACCAUGUCGUGUGGACUUGGGUGACUCCUGGGCAGAUGCUGCCAAGCAAUUCUCGCGGGUCUAGAAGACUUCGCUGCAAGAUCUGCAACAAGGAGUACAAAGGGAACAGGAAGCGUGCAGCAGAGCACUUCAUCCUGGCGAGGGCAUCGGCCACGUGUCCGGGUUCGAACCUCUCAAUUUGGAAGAGGCAGCAUCGUGUCGGUGCGAAACUGCCACCGGAUUUGCUCGCGAGGGUGCAAACGACACUGGAGCAUGACAGGGACGAGGACGAGGACGACGACGACGUUUCUGAUGUGGCAGGUGAUGGAAACGGAGGCGGAGGUGGGAUUGCUGCUGAGCCAGAGGAGGCACGCGGUGGGGAGGGUGAGGAGGCAACGGAUAAGGGGACGAGGGGUGUUGUGACCGGAGGAUCCGGCGGUGGAGGGAGGCUUGCGUCCUCGCAGGAUGUGACGCAGGGGGUCCGCAAACACAGGACAAGGAGGCAGACGAGCAUCAAGAGGUUCACAAAGAACCCAAGGCAGGAGGAGAUUAAUGACUCCUGCUGCGAGUUCUUCAUGGAGAACGCGAUCCUGUUCAACGUCGCGAAGAGCAGGAGCUUCAAGAAGUUCAUGCGGGCAUGUUACGGGCCACAACCUGCAGCAAGUCACCCUCUUGUGCCUACUGGGUACAACCCUCUCAGGUGUCGAUUGCUGGAUCGCCUGAACAAGAGGUUGGAGGACGAGGACCAGAAGAUCCAUGAAGACUGGCAGGUCACUGGCUGCACGUUCGUAACCGAUGGGACCACAAAUAUUUGUGGUCGAUCGCUCAUGAACCACAUCCUCGCAUGUCGCUCGAAACCUGUUUUCAUCAAGUGCGAGGAUGUCAGCGAAGGGGACAAGGACUCUGCAGCUGUCGUUGCCAGAUGGAAGCGGUUUUUCAGGGAGUGGGGGGUGGAGAAGAUCACGGCUAUCUGCACAGACUCCAUUGCGGACAACACGAGUGUUGCGAGGAUGCUGAGGGAGGACCCUGAUUGCCUCCUCAGACCGGCGCAGACGAGGUUCGGGACACACUACGUGAUGCUGCAACGGCUGGAGGUGUGCGAGAAGGCCAUCAGACGGAUUGUCACGGGGCAGGAAUGGGAGGCGCAGGUGUGGCGAGGGGACAUCAGGGCCAAAGCCUUCUUCGUGGAGGAGACAGUUCUUGACAAGACCUUCUGGGUUGACGCCAGGAAGUUGACUGUCGUCAUGAAGGGCCCCUACGAUGUGUUGUGCGAGGUCGACAAAAAUGUUCACUGCUUGUCGCUCAUCUACGAUAUGGUGUGCAGAUUGCCCAACUUCGUUCAAUCAGCCCCCCUUACUACAGAGCAACGAGAUGGCAUCCUCGUAGACGUCGGGAACAAGACAAACAUGCUGCUCAGCCCCAUCCACGCUGUUGCUCGGUUGUUGGAUCCUCAAUUGCAGGACAUUACUGUUGUCAGCAAUGUCGACCGCAUGCCACAGUUUGAGAGUGUGGUGGAGAGGCUGAUUGGAAAGAGGGGCAGCACGAGAUUCGACGACUGCAUGGACCAGCUGUAUGACUUCCGGUUCGGGAGAGGAGUCCUCGACACCCCUCAAGCAAAGAAACGGGUUGCGAGGGACAAUGUUGUUUUGUAGUGGGAGGCGCACGGGGCGGGGCAUCCGGAGAUCCGCGAGCUGGCAAUCAGGGUGCUGUCCAUCUGGACGACUUCCUGUCCUGCUAAGAGGAACUGGAGCACUUGGGCUCUCGUGCAAACGAAGAGCAGGAACAAGUUGCACCACCAGCGCACCAACAAAUUGGUGUCCUCGCA